AUGCUCAUCUUGACUGCGUUGCUGGCAACAUGUCUUUGCGGUGGUACCUCCUUUCCAGCAGGUUCGCCAACUGCUAUCCAUGAGGAACGUCGUGGACUUUCUGUCGGGCGAUAUGAGAAGCUCUCGAGAGUACAUGGCGAUGCCGUAGUCCCGGUGCGAAUCGCUCUGGUCCAAAGCAAUAUUGAUCGAGGAUAUGAGCAUCUCAUGGAGGUAUCUCAUCCCUCGUCUGCCUCGUAUGGGAAGCAUUGGACCGCACAGGAGGUUCGGGAUGAAUUCGCUCCAUCAGACGAUACCAUAGACUCAAUACUGACUUGGCUUGCACAAUCCGGUACUCAAGACGUACGAACAAGCCAUGACAGACUUUGGAUUGCCUUCAACACUUCAGCAUCUCAUGCGGAAAGUCUUUUCGCCACCGAGCUGCAUGAAUACCGGGACUGGCGAGAAGGAAGCACACAUCUUGGCUGCGACAGAUACUCAGUGCCGGCUCAUCUCACUCACAGCAUCGACUAUGUUACACCUGGUGUUAAGCUUAGCUUGCCUCUCUCAAAGGCCGUUUUGAGUGACUACCCAAAGAAACUCCAGAGCCCAUCUAAAGCCCCUUUCAAAGCUCAACAGGACGUUGUACGUCGACAUGGCCCGCCUGGAUACGGUGGCGGCUUGCCUCCAGAUCUUGUGAAUUGCGGUAGAAACAUCACACCUCCAUGUCUUCGAGCACUUUACGACGUUCCUUUUCCAAGGAAGCAAAUAGACCAUGGCAUCCUUGGAAUUUACGAAACAACCGAUACGUACGCCCAAGCGGAUCUGGACGCAUACUUCGCCAAGUACGCACCUUACGUGCCCCAAGGCACAGCUCCGACAUUGGUUUCCAUCAACAAUGCUACCGCUCCGGUGGCCCCUGGAAGCGGGUACAACGGUGGCGAGUCGGAUGUCGAUUUCGACAUUGCCUACUCGCUUCUUGGUGCUGUUCCGAUCACGCUCUACCAAGUCCAAAUCCCUAACAGCGCAUAUGCAAACGGAUACGCAGGAAGUCAACUGGCAGAUCCAAUCCUGGCAGCAGUGGAUGGCGCGUAUUGUGACGAAGCUGAUCUGAGAAAAGACGGCUUUCAAUGCGGAGGUACAAAUCUCAGCUCUGUCCUCUCGUUCUCAUACGCUUUCCCAGAAAGUCUGUCAACCUACAAGGUCCAACAAAGGGCGUGCAACGAAUUCAUGAAGCUAGCUCUUCAAGGACACACGAUUGUCGUGGCAUCGGGAGACUUCGGCGUGGCUGGUGAUGCUGGUGUCGAAUCGCCCACUGACAGUGCCUGCGAUUCCAAUGGGUGUCUCCCAAGGUCUUCAUCAGACCAGCCCACGACAAACAGCCCAAUCUUCAACCCGAGCUUCCCGCAAUCAUGCCCAUAUGUGCUGUCUGUGGGAGCGACGCAACUCAACAGCGGCGACGCGGUCCAAAGUCCGGAAUCCGUCAUGUUCCAGCCUCAACUUGGCUCUCAAGCUAGUGAAAACUGUACGAAGAGAACCAACUUCUUCACCAGCGGCGGUGGAUUCUCGAACUACUUCGACCAGCCGGCGUACCAGAAAAUUGCUGUAUCAAACUACUUCAGCGAACAUAAUAUCGGGUAUCCUUCGUUCGAUCUCAGCAAAAGCCAGCAAGAAAAUUUGACUUCUUUCCCUGCCAGCGGAAUCUACAAUCGUGGUGGGCGAGGCUUCCCGGACGUCUCUGCCAACGGCGCCAAUUUCAACCUCUUCGUCAAUCAGACUGCCACUCAACAGGCUGGAACGUCGCUUGCGGCACCCAUCUGGUCUUCCAUCUUCGCUCUGAUCAACCAAGCUCGAAAAGAUGCGGGAAAGAGUGCAGUCGGUUUUGUCAAUCCUGUCUUGUACGAGAAUCCUGGCGUCUUCCACGAUAUAACAAAGGGAUCGAAUCCGGGAUGCAACACAGACGGAUUUUCAGCCGUUCAAGGCUGGGAUCCUGUGACUGGACUGGGAACUCCAAAUUUUCCUGCUCUCGAGAGGUUGUUCUUGAGCUUACCAUGA